AAAAGUGUUUUCUUCACAGAUUAGUGAAACUAAACCAAGUGAUUAUAGUUGGAAAAACCUAGAGUUAUAAUUAUAUCUAGAGUUAACCAUAGUAAAAAGGGAAUCUCUCACCAAAAAAAACAAAACUCCUGAUCAAACCAUAACAAAAUAAACGUCUCCAACCAAAUUGUAGGUUGAAUAAGGAAAAGGAACUUACCAAAUUUUUUGUUGAGAACUAAAACCUAGCAGAUUUGUCCACAAGGAUUCUUUUUUUCUGCACUAUUCAAUUUUCCUUCUUUAUUUUAUUACACAACAAAAGGAAUUGUUUCAUACGUCUGAGAAAGUAAAAUUUGUGUAUACUAUAUACCUCUGAACAAGUACUAAAUAUAUGUUUCAUUGUAGUAAACUAGUAAUGAUCAAGAUUCUCUAAUGUAUUUAAAACUGUUUUAUUCAAAAGAUUAGUGAAGAAAAACAAGUGAUAUUAGCUGAAAAUCCCAAUAAUUAACAUAUAGACUUGUGAUUUAAACCAUAGAAAAACACUCUGAUCAAAAAAACCAGAACAAAAGAAACGUCUAAAACCAAAUUGUAGGUUGAAGAAGGAACACAUGUCGGUCCCACUUUAAUGACUGGGCCCCGCUCUCACUCUCCUUUUCUUUUUCUUUAAUUAAAAAAAAAUUAAUAUUUCUCCGUUACCGUCGUCAGUAGCAGCAGCAAGCUAGCUAGCUAAGAUAGAUAGCGCCCACACAUAAUAAAGCAAGAGACUUUAACAGCUUCCGACCCCUCAAUUCUCGAGCUUGAGGUGGCUUUCUUCUUCUUUCAUUCUCUCUCUCUCUCUGCUUCAAAUCCAUUUCCCGGUGAUAAAUCUCUCCCGGCUACGGCUGCAUUGUACUCGAUCUCACGAUUCUCGGCGAUCUUCGUGUCUUGUUUCCGGUUGGUAUAAAGAUCGUAUGAAUGCUGGAUAUGGAGAGAGUUUCUGAGCUUAAGAGACUUCCUAGUAAAGGUCCUUUCUCAAGAAGACAACACUCAAACUUUGAAAGUAGAGAUGCUUCUAUGCAUUUUGAGUACAACAACACAGGAGGAAGACCGAUCAAUCCAACUACAACAACACUAGGGAGAGAACUCGGCUUAGUACUCAACGUGCACAGAGAAGAGUUUGGUGGUAACCAUAACGACUUUCAAGAGUUUGAGCCUGUGGUAAGGUCAACAAACUAUCCUCUCCUGGAGAUUGAAGAGAUCGUUGCUGCUGCUGAUGAUGAUAUGUCUGAGGAACCUGGUUCCAGCUCCUUCCGUGGCGUUAGCCACCCUCCAGAGCCAGACGACAUGGAUCUCAUCACAACUGCCACGUCACCGUCUCCAUUCUCUAUGCCUCGUGCGUCGCAGAACACAGAUCACUCAGACAAGGAAUGCGUUUGGGAUUCUAGUCCACACAACAGCAGCGCCAGAGCCAUGAGCAUCGCCAACAGCUCUUCCUCUACUCAGAGGAGCGAUGUAGUGUUCAGCAUGGACAAGAGCUACAUGUUCGAAAGCGCCAAGACGAGUGCAAGCGACAGUAGCGGGCUCAGUGAAGAGAGCAGCUGGAGCAGCUUCACGGGAAGUCUCAACAAGCCGCACAAAGGGAAUGAUCCGAGGUGGAAUGCAAUAACGGCUGUACGGGCACGAGACGGGGUUCUAGGGAUGAGCCACUUCAAGCUGCUGAGGCGGUUAGGGUGUGGGGACAUAGGGAGCGUUUAUCUAGCGGAGUUGAGCGGGACUCGGUGUGUUUUUGCGGUGAAAGUGAUGGAUAAAGCUUCUCUUGAGGAUAGGAAGAAGCUGAGUAGGGCUCAGACGGAGAGGGAGAUUCUGCAGGUGUUGGAUCAUCCGUUUUUGCCGACGUUGUAUGCUCAUUUCGAGACGGAUAGGUUCUCGUGUUUGGUUAUGGAGUAUUGUCCUGGUGGUGAUCUGCAUGCUUUGAGGCAGCGUCAGCCUGGGAAGCAUUUCUCGGAGUAUGCUGCGAGAUUUUACGCUGCAGAGGUGUUGCUAGCACUCGAGUAUCUCCACAUGCUCGGUGUUGUCUACAGAGACUUAAAACCCGAGAACGUUCUGGUCCGAGACGAUGGCCAUAUAAUGCUAUCAGACUUCGACCUCUCCCUCAGAUGCACAGUUUCCCCAACCCUGAUCAAAACAUUCGACUCCGAUCCAUCCAAACGCGGUGCCUUCUGCGUCCAACCCUCUUGCAUGAUGGAGCCCACCACAUCAUGCUUCUCACCGCGUAGCAUCUUCUCUAACAAAAGCAAAAAGAACAACAAGACGCGUAGUAAAACGCAGACGGAUGUCUUCAGACCACACUCAGGCUCCCUCCCUGAGCUGGUGGCCGAGCCUAACACGAGGUCCAUGUCCUUUGUCGGAACGCACGAGUACUUAGCUCCGGAGAUAAUCAAGGGAGAAGGACACGGGAGCGCGGUUGACUGGUGGACUUUUGGGAUCUUUGUUCAUGAGCUUCUUUAUGGGAAAACGCCGUUUAAAGGAUCAGGAAACAGAGCUACUCUGUUUAAUGUGGUGGGAGAGCAGUUGAAGUUUCCUGAGUCGCCGGCGACUAGCUACGCGGGGAGGGACUUGGUUCAGGCUUUGCUGGUGAAAGAUCCGAAGAAUAGGUUGGGGACGAGGAGAGGAGCGACGGAGAUUAAGCAGCAUCCGUUUUUUGAAGGAGUGAACUGGGCGUUGAUAAGGUGUGGUACUCCUCCUGAAGUGCCGAGGCAGAUGGAGGUUGAACCGCCUCCGAAGUAUGGACCGAUUGAUCCGGUUGGGUUUGGUAGUAACAGCAAGAGAAUGGGAGCACCACCACCAGUAUCAGCAGCAUCAGUAGGAGCAGGUGGAGAUGCAAAAGCUGGUGGUAAAUUUCUAGAUUUUGAGUUUUUCUGAAGCUGUUGUUUUGUGUUUGGUCACUUAAUUAGCAAUUUAGUCUUUCUUAUAUAUGUAACAACGUCUCAAGGCUUCAAUGGAUCAAGAGUGGACAUGGUCCCUCCUUUAAUCUUUCUUCCAUGUAAACCAAAAACUUUUUUAAGGAUAUGGAAAGCUCCAAGUCUGGAAUCAUUUCCUUUGGUAGUACUACUGAUGCGUUUGUCUGAGUCC